AAAACAUUAGCAACGUGUAAUAAUUUGUGCAGCUGGCAGGGCUGGAUAAAGAAAAUAAUUAAUUUGAACUCCACACUUGAAUUUCGCAAAAGUUGAUUUUUUUAACACAACGUUGCCGGAUCAUCCAACACUUAUCGCUCUUAUAAAUUGACAACUCCGUCACUAUACCGGGUGUUAGUUUAUGCGACAAUGAGCUCCAUACCAAUUGUUAGAACUGCUCGCAAGGAGGAUUGCAAAGAAAUCCGCCGCCUAAUUCAGGAACUGGCCGAUUAUGAAAAUUUUCCGCAAGCUCCAAAAUUGAAAGUCCAAGAUCUUGAACGGGAUGGAUUUGAAAGCAGCAUUCCCAUGUUCAAGUGCUUUGUGGCAGAAAUCCCAAAUAAUGAGGAUAAAUUGUGCGGAUUUGCAAUGUAUUCUCCCUCUUAUUCCUCCUGGGUUGGAAAGACAAUUCAACUUGAGGACCUUUAUGUGUCUCCCGAAUUCAGAGGAACGGGGCUGGGAAAAAGACUAUUCAGUCUUGUGACAAAAGAGGCCUAUGAGGGCAAUUAUUCCAGGGUUGAGUUCACAGUCUUUGCAUGGAAUAAGGCAACUGAUUUUUAUACACACCUCGGUGCAAUAAAUACCACAAACAGCGAAGACAGACAUGUCUGGCGUCUUUACCGGAGCGGAAUUGAAAAGCUCGUGGAAGAUUCCAAUUUAAAUUGAAAAUACUCCUUUUGAAAGAACAAUUAACAUGGAAUGCAAUUUAUUGUCUCACACCCCAAUAAACAAUAUGUAACAAAAAAGUUCCCGCUGGAAUGUGUA